AUGCUGGCAAAAAUAUUUUUUGAGGGCGGCAAUCUAUUCCCAAUUGAACGCAGACCUGGCAUUUAA